AAAUAAAAAAAACAAAAAAUAUUCAGAUAGGAGAGAGAGAGAGGGCUGAAUCCUUUGAAUCAAAGCUCUCUCCUUCUCCAAAUCAAUCCCAAUUUGAAGAAAAACCCUAAAAAAAAUCCUGAUUCUUUCUAUUAUAUCCUUUUUUUUUUCAAUUUCGAUUAAAAUUUCAAUUCUUUUCAUAAAAAAAGGAUUUGGGUAUUGUUUGAUAAUCACAUGCUCCUUCCUUCCCAACAAUAUUUGUUGAUAGGUUGAUGCGACGAUCGCAUGCCCGAAAUCGGGUUGAAUCGAAAUCCAAAUCAAAUAACAGUACACCUAAAAUGGACCCAGUUAGGCUCCAAAUCCGACCCAACACCCGAUCCACCGCUCUGUUUUCCAGAAACCCUCGUCAAACCAAGCCAACCCCAUCUUUCAUCGCAGUAUCAAUCGCCACGUCUCUUGCUUUGGUGAUUUUUAUUUACAUUUUCCUCUUCUCCACCAAAUAUUCCAAGAAGUACGGAAUCAUAAUCGACGGCGGCAGCACGGGGACGAGGAUUCACGUGUUUGGGUACAGAGUCGAAGGUAAAGCUAAAAACCCAGUUUUCGAUUUUAAACAAGGGUUGGAGAGCUUGAGGGUGAACCCCGGAUUGUCGGCGUAUGCGGAGGACCCGGAAGGAGCUGCAGAUUCGUUGAGAGAGCUUUUGGAGUUUGGGAGGAGGAAGGUUCCGAGAAAACUGUGGGGAGAGACUGAGAUUAGGCUAAUGGCGACUGCCGGUUUGAGAUUGUUGGAUGUUGAGGUGCAAGAGAGGAUUUUGGAGGAGUGCAGGAAGGUGCUUAGGGUGUCUGGGUUUAAGUUUCACGACGACUGGGCUUCAGUUAUCACAGGCUCUGAUGAAGGGGUGUAUGCUUGGGUUGUUGCAAACUAUGCGCUUGGUACUCUUGGAGGUAAUCCUCUGCAUACAACUGGGAUUAUUGAACUUGGCGGGGCAUCUGCUCAGGUAACCUUUAUCCCUAGUGAGCCUAUGCCUUCUGAGUUCUCACGCUCCAUCAAGUUUGGGAAUUUCACUUACAAUCUCUACAGCCACAGCUUUCUUCAUUUUGGCCAGAAUGUUGCACAUGAAUCAUUGAGGGAAUCACUCAUUACACGAGAUUUCAGUCCAGCUGCUGACUCUCUUCCUAAGGAAAUGUAUAUAGAUCCUUGUACACCUAAAGGGUACUUGCCUGAGUCAUCGAAGCUUUCGCUAGUUUCUAUGGCUGAAAAAAGUAAAUAUAUUUCUGAACUUCAAGCUAGGGGUAACUUCUCGGAGUGCAGAUCUGCUGCACUAAUGCUGUUACAGAAAGAAAAAGAGAAAUGUUCCUAUGAUCGCUGUUAUUUGGGGUCAGUUUUCAUGCCUAAGCUUCAAGGGAAAUUUUUGGCUACAGAAAAUUUUUUCUAUACGUCAAAGUUCUUUAGGUUGCGCCAAAGGGCCUUUCUUUCUGAUCUAAUGAUAGCGGGGCAACAUUUCUGUGGAGAGGAUUGGUCAAAAUUGAAGAAGAAACACCAAUCACUUGAUGAGGAAGAUCUGUUGCGCUAUUGUUUUUCUUCAGCGUAUAUUGUGGCCUUGCUUCAUGAUAGCCUUGAAAUUGCUUUGGAUGACGAAAGGAUCACCUUUGCUAACCAGGUGGAAAAUAUACCACUAGAUUGGGCCUUGGGAGCUUUCAUAUUGCAGAGCACAACCAACUCGGAUGUGCAGCAACCUGACUGGAUAACUACCAUUAUCAGCAAAGAUUCACCCACACUGCUUUCCAUCAUUGCAAUUUCUGCAAUAUUGAUAUUCAUAGCUUGGUCUAUAUCAAAAUGGAGGAAGCCCCAGUUGAAGACAGUGUAUGAUCUAGAGAAAGGGCGAUAUAUAGUUACUCGUAUAGGUAGAAGUUGAUAGCAUUGUCGAAAGGAGAUUGAACGCAUCCUUAUGGUUUUGCAGUCAAGGAGAUGUCUUAUGGUAUUAUCUUUAUGCUUCCUUGCUUUACUGCACCCUCUUAAGACCACCAUGUCAGUGGGAAAUGUAAGAUUGUAUAUCAUUGAGUUUUGACAUAGGAUUUAGUGUAACAAUUUCAUUGGGAACUAGGAUAGAAUAUUAAGAUUCCCAUUUUUGUAUUUACCAGGAACCGAAACCCUUAGUUUAUUAUACCACAUCCCUUUUUAUUAUACCUAUUUACUACAGGAUAUAGAUAAGGAGUGUAUCAUGGAUUAGUUGUGGGGGGUAUUCUCGGAGCUGUGGUUUCACUGCUUCAUGAAAUGGGUCAAAGGUGUGAUCUUAAGGCUUUGUUGUUGUAUUGGUAUGGAAAAAAUAUUGUUCAUUUCUCAAAUGUUUGUUCUCUACGUAUCUC